GAAAGAAAAGAAAGAGAGGAAAUUAAGAAAAUCAACCUUCCCGGAUUCAAAUUUCCUAACCCUAACCCUAAAAUCCUACUACUUCCACUCUGAUUUCCCCAAUUAUCCAAAAUAUCCUGAUCAAACACAAGGAAUUUCCCAAAAUCUACUAUCUUUGUUACUCUCUGAGUAUUACCACUUGAGAGCAGUCCAUCCAUCCAACCAUCAUCAGUAUAAGCAGAUGGGUGUCGAUUCUCAGGUGCAUGCCUGUCAUAAUAAUAAUAAUAAUAAAAUAAUAAUAAUAAUUCAUAGCCUUGCAAAUGCCCACCAAUUAGCUACGUAGUGUAUCAUAUAUAUAAAUAAAUAUAUAGCGAGCAGCAGCGUUUGCUGAAGAGUGAGGAAAGCAACAGGGACAGCCUCAGAGUUGAGAGACAGAUGAAUAAUAUUCUGUCGUGAUUCUUCCUCAUCGGUGGCAGUCAAUAGAUCCGGCUAAACUGGAUUUAUAUUAAAAUUCAAUUCAUCCCGUUGAGUUUAGUGAUCAUAUAAGACAAGGAGGAGAUCUGAUGAGGUGAACAUAGUUUUCACUGGGCAUGACCUAAAAAUUGUGCAGAUUAUGAUAUCUUAUUGUAAAGCACAAGUAGUUCAAUUAUACUUCCGCUGCAUCCAGCAUUAAGAAUUUGGAGGUGCAUCAUCCUUUACUAUCGUUUGAACUCUCCAAUUUGCCUUUAUGUGCUACAAUACUCCUACUUUGUCAUGCAUUAUUGUAUUUAUUGGGUUUUAUAACACAGAGUUUGUGAGGAAUCUGAUGCAAUGGCAACGUCUAGUAAGUUUGAUCUGUCUUCUGAUAGCCCAGAUAGGCAAAUAUACACUAGUUGUCAGCGUGGAUCCCACUUAGCUGCUCAGAUGGACAGAUCGAGUAGCUUUCGUGAGAGCAUGGGGAAUCCAAUCCUAUCUUCUCUCCCGAACAUGACCCGAAGCAGUGCUGUUGUAGUACAGGGAGAUGUGGUGAACUUCUUACAUUGCUUGCGUUUUGAUCCAAAGGUGGUGGCCUCAGAUCACAAAUCUAGUCGUCAAGGGGACUUUAAACGACAUGUGAAUGCUGCUCUUGGAAUUUCAGCAGAUGACUCUACUGGUUCUUUGAAAGGCAAGGUGGUAUCGUCUCCCUCACCUGAGCAAAUCAAGCGAGUCAAGACUGGUCUGCGUGAAAGCUCAGUCAAGGGCAGGGAACGUGUGAAGAUUUUUAAUGAAGCCUUGUCUGCAUUCAACAAGUUUUUCCCAUCCAUACCAUCAAAGAAGAGGUCUAGAUCAGAAGGUUAUUCUAAUGAUCGACCUAAUGCUUCAGUAUCAAUUGAUCGGUCAGUCCUUGCUCCAGGUCUGUGUAAAAUGGGAAUUCAAAAUCAUUCAGCCACCAGUGGUUUUGAACUUGAACAGCAAAAGCCAGAAGAACAGACCAAAAAUGCUGUUUCAAACAAGCGCACACGAACUUCUUUGGUGGAUGUGCGGGGUAAUUCUCUGGUCAGGUCAUCUGUUACUGUUGACAAAGAUAGGGAAGUGCUAAGGUUUGCAAAUAAUGGUGCAGUUCAAGGUGAUCAAACUUUAUCAAUUGGUGUUGAUGGUUGGGAAAAGAAAAAAAUGAAGAAGAAACGUUCUGGGAUAAAGCCAGAUCUUUCUUCUAGUGUGUUGUCAACUAAACCCACAGAUGGCUAUCGGGAACCAAAACAGGGAGCGCCGCAAAUACCUGUUACUGAUGCUCGUUCAAGAUUGAACAUUGAUUCCCAUGUGUUCAGGCCUGGAGUUUCUAAUAGUGCCGUUGGAGUUGGAAAAACAGAUGGUAUCUCACAAUCGACAGGCUUGAGUGUGCGAUCAAUAACCCCUAGGACUGACCUGGACAACGGUUCUCUUCAAAUUGAAAGGAGAGAACACCCUCUUGGUUCAGACAAGGAAAGGGUGAAUGUCAGAGCUGUUAAUAAGGAAAGUGUUAGGGAUGAUUUUAAUUCUGUUAGUCCCAUUUCCGGUGCAAAAAUGAAUCUGUCUAUUCGGGCUCCCCGAUCGGGUUCGGCCAUUACAUCGAAGUUUUCCCCAGUUUUCCAUAGAGCAACUGCUCCCAAUGAUUGGGAGCUCUCUCAUUGUACAAACAAGCCCCCUGCUGUUGGAGCUAACAACUGCAAACGCACUGUAUCUGCUCAGUCUUCAUCUCCGCCUGUUGCCCACUGGGCCAGUCACAGGCCACAGAAGAUCUCUCGAACUGCAAGAAGAAAAAAAUUGGUUCCCAUUGUUAACAAUGAUGAGAGUCCCACUUUGGAUAGUGUAUCUGAUGUUUCAGGUAAUGAAAUUGGGGCGGGAUUGGCCAGGCGCUUGAAAUUAAAAGGUGACACCUUAUUGUCAGCCAUGUUAUCAGAAAGUGAAGAAUCAGGGGCUACAGAGGUUAAAUCUAAAGAUAAGAGCAGAAAGUCUGAUGAGAUGGAUGAGAAAGCUGGACAGAAUGUACAAAAGAUAUCACCUUUGGGCCUUCCAUCAAGAAAGAACAAGCCAGUUUCAGGUGAAGAUCUUGGAGAUGGCAUUCGCAGGCAAGGGAGGAUUGGGAGGGGUUUUACUUCAACAAGGUAUCUUAUGCCAACAGCAGUUGAGAAGCUUGGCAAUGUUGGAACAGCAAAGCAGCUUAGAAGUGCCAGACUUGGUUUAGAUAAAAAUGAAAGCAAGACAGGCCGUCCCCCAACAAGAAAACUCUCUGAUCGUAAGGCUUAUACACGCCAAAAGCAUACAACAGUCAAUGCAACAGAAGAUUUUCUUGUUGGUUCAGAUGAUGGGCAUGAAGAGCUGUUAGCUGCUGCAAGUGCUGUUAUUAAUCCUGACCAAAUGUUUUCCAGUUCAUUUUGGAGGCAAAUGGAGCCAUUCUUUGGUUUUAUAUCUAAUGUAGACAUUGCUCACUUGAGACAACAGGGAAGUAUUGUAUAUGCUGCACUAUCAGCAACACAAGUCCAUUCUGAUCCAAACAACUGCAGUACUGUCCCUAAUGGGUAUGGGUUAUUUGAUCAUGAGAGGGAAGUUGGGCAUGCUGCUGAAACUAGGACUUCAGGACUUCUUCCAGAUCAGUUAGUGCAUGAAGAGAGAGAAAUUCCCCUUUCUCAGAUACUUUUGGCAGCCAUAAUUUCAGAGGAAGAUUGUACCCAUGGAAAUGGAGACCUGGAAUUUGAUGCGCAUGGAGUUGGUUUCGAGCUGGAUGAGGAAUUGGGAUCAAAUUGUGUGAUUCACCUAGAUAAUUUUCAUUUUUCUGGACAUGCUGCAUUUAAUGGUUACAAGGUGACUGGGAAGCCUGACCAUGUUGAGACAGAUAUUGAUAUAUCAGGCAUCCCUAACAUGAGUAUCGAUUCAAACUUCAGACAUACUGUAAAUGGUGUGCUUUCAGAUCAUGCAUUGGUACCUGAGAUGGUCUGUUCCAAAUUUCAAUAUGAUAAUAUGAAGAUAGAAGAAAAACUUAGUCUGGAGGUUCAUAGUCUGGGAAUUUUUCCAGAACCAUUGCCUGACAUGCAGAUGGAUGAUGAAGGAAUCUGUGGGUAUAUCAGCAAAUUAGAGGAGAAUCACCAUGGGCAGGUUUCGAAGAAGAAAGGUUUGUUAGACAAACUGUUGAAACAUGCCUCAGAAAUUAAAGAACUCCAAGAAAAGGAAUUUGAACAACGUGCUCAUGACAAACUCGUUGCAAUGGCUUAUGAAAAGCACAUGACUUGUUGGGGUCCUAACGCUGGUGGUGGGAAGGGUUCCAGUAACAAAAUGGCCAAGCAAGCUGCCUUAGCAUUUGUUAAACGGACAUUAGAACAAUGUCAUAAAUUUGAAGUUACAGGAAACAGCUGCUUCAGUGAGCCCUUAUUUAGGGAUAUGUUCCUGUCUGGGACUGCCCACCUAAGUGGUGCACAAUCAGUAGAUACUCCUACCAAUGAUGAAUCUGCAAAGUUGUAUGGCAAUACCUCAACCCGCUCUUUGGAAGCUAGAGUUUCAGCUUCCAUGGGUUCACAGCCAAGUCCUCAAGCGUUACCUCUGGGGAAUGAGGAUAGCUACAUUUCAAAUCCUUCCGAUCUGCUUCCACCUUUUAAUCGUUUAUCUGAACAAAUUACUGGUAAGGAAGAUACGUGGUCAAACAGGGUGAAGAAGAGGGAGUUGUUGCUUGAUGAUGUUGGUUGUACUGUUGGUAGUCCAUCAAGUGCUCCAUCUGUAAUAGGAGGUUCUCUAUUGAGCAUUACAAAAGGGAAGAGGAGUGAGAGAGACAGGGAAGGAAAGGGGCACAUCAGAGAGAUUUUAUCUAGAAAUGGAACUAAUAAAAUUGGUCGACCAACAUUUUCUAAUGCAAAGGGGGAACGAAAAACGAAAACGAAGCCCAAGCAGAAAACAACUCAACUAUCUGUUUCUGUGAAUGGCCUUGCUGGCAAGAUAUCAGAGCAACCAAAAACAACUUUGCCUUCUGAGGCAAAGUCAAGUGAAAACAAUACUAAUAGCAAAGCAAAGGAAAAUGAUGGGUUUGUUUUGGAUGCGUUGGAUGAUGCUAUUGAUCUGUCCAACCUGCAGCUUCCAGGAAUAGAUGACAACCAAGGACAGGAUCUGGGUUCAUGGCUGAACAUUGAUGAUGAUGGAUUACAAGAGCAUGGUGACAUUGACUUCAUGGGCCUUGAAAUUCCAAUGGAUGACCUUGCAGAUCUAAAUAUGAUGGUUUGAAGUCUUUCUCUGUAUAGUCUUGUUCAUUAUACUAUUGACAAACAAAAACAUAAUCACUGUUGUCUAAAGAUGACCAGUUAUAUGGAUGGUCAUUCAGCCACUGGUCCACAAUUAGUUUAUAUAGAUUCUUUUGUAUACUUCACAAGAUUUUCAAGUGAACCUUUGGGAUGCUUUCGAUUUUGUUCCUGUAUUAAGUUGGUAACUUCAACUGUAAAGAACUUUUGUUCAAGGUACAAGUUAGUUUGUCCUAGCAUUUACAUGUUAGCAAAACACUGUAUUCUGGCUGUAGCUUUUACAAAUCAGAGAACAAUGCCUCCUGUACAUACAUUUUACAUUUCUAAUAAAAUCAGUUUUUUGUUCAGUGA